CACAGUUACGUUUGUUGGACGAAGCGCACUAUUUUUUCGGUGUAAUACGAACGGUUUUUUUUAAUAUUUCGUUGUUUUACGGCAUAUUGAGGAUCGCGCGGUGCAACGUUUUUGGAUUUUUUUGACGUUUGGGUGACUAUUUUUUUGGUAGUGGCAACAUGUUGACGGACAUGACGCCCACCGCCGGACAGCUGUACGGCGCCCAGAUCCCUGCCAUGACCAUGAAUGUCAAAACGGCUGAACAUCCUAGUCUGAGGGGCACCCCGUUAGCGAUGCUGGCAGCGCAGUGCAACAAGCUGUCGAGCAAAUCACCACCGCCCUUGGCCGACGCGGCAGUCGGCAAGGGUUUCCACCCGUGGAAGAAGAGUCCGCAAGGCGCGCCGUCCCCCGGCAGCACCGGAGUGUCGGCCGCCAGUUCCGUGCCCUCGCAGAGGUCCUCGGCGUCCAACACCACGUACUCCAGAUCGGUGAUGACUUCAUGCUCCAGCGUCCCCACCACGGCUUCCUACGGCAGCGAUCUGUAUUUUCCUGGGGCGACGACGCAGCCUGCAGUCGCGGACAACUCGCACGUGCACCAUCAUCAGAGCUCCUUGUUGGGGAAAGUGGAAGGCGCCGCCACGGCUCAUCAUGCCGCUUUAGGAUCGGUUUAUUCGAGGCAUCCGUACGAGACUUGGCCCUUCAACACGAUGUCCGGCGCCACUCAUCACGGGGGCAUUAAGAGCGACUCCGUGACUUCUGCUAACGCGUGGUGGGACGUGCAUUCCACCGCUGGAAGUUGGUUGGAUAUGAAUGCGGGAAUGCACGCUCAAAUGGCGGCGAAUUACACUUCGGACUACUCGACUUUAACUCAUUCCCUGGCGGCCUCCAAUCAUCUUUUGUCCUCCGGUCAACAUUUGCUCCAAGAUACGUACAAGUCGAUGUUGCCUGGCGCUCAAACUGUUGGGGCGUCCUUUGGUUUACACGCUCCGGGUUCCACACCGUCUCCUACCUCCGGAUCUGGAGGAUUACCACCUCAAGUACCAUCACCAAGAUCCCAGAGACGUUACACCGGCAGGGCGACUUGUGACUGUCCUAAUUGUCAGGAAGCCGAACGACUUGGACCGGCAGGCGUGCAUUUGAGGAAGAAGAACAUACACAGCUGUCACAUACCAGGUUGCGGCAAAGUCUACGGCAAAACCUCCCAUUUGAAAGCUCAUCUGAGGUGGCAUACGGGCGAAAGACCUUUCGUCUGCAACUGGCUCUUCUGCGGCAAACGAUUCACCAGGUCCGAUGAGCUGCAGAGACAUCUCAGAACACACACGGGGGAAAAACGGUUUGCCUGCCCGGUUUGCAACAAACGAUUCAUGCGUUCCGACCACCUGGCCAAACAUGUCAAGACCCACAACGGUAACGGCAAAAAGGGCAGUUCAGAUUCCUGCAGUGAUUCGGAAGAGAACAGCCAGAGUGACAUGACGAACAACGUCAACUCCCCCAAUUCGAUAAACCAGACGCCGCCGCCCUCCCAGCCCAUGGGUCUGGACAUGGUAACGGGGCUGGACGUGAAGCCUCCAGGGCUGGUUUGAGGCAGGUGGGGCCCCUCGCUCCUUUAUCCCAGCUACCAUCGCUAGCGUGUGGCCCCCCUGACUAGUGAUACACAGGACUUGUACAUAACGGUUGUAAAUAUUGUGAAUGGACAGAGCUUUAGUUAUUUUUAAAUUAAAUUUUUUGCUUCUGUUGGAGUGUGGCCUUUCGGGUUGUCCAUUAGCGAAUCUAGUCCUAAUGUUAAUUUUAACAAAUGUUCGGAGCAAUUGGCUAAAUUACUUCAGAAAUAAAUUCAUUACGAUUAUUCUCCGGUACACUCCAACGAUAAAAAACUACCCCCUCCUUUUGUUUUUGUAUAUAUUAUAAAUAUUUAAAUAUUUUACAUGUGUAAGUGUCAACAAGAAAAAUUAUAAAAAAGUUAUGCAGGUGAUCGAGAAACGUGUUAUAACUGUUAUCACAUAUCAUUUUACGUUGAAGGCUUUUUGUAACUCGUCACAUAUGUUGAAACUGUAUUUUUGCCCAAUUGUACAACGCAACGGAUUUUUGAUCAUGUUUCUCUCCUCGCCAAAGACCUUUGUAAAUUGUAAACUAUCUGUAAAUUAUUAUAAGAGCUUUUGUGAACACGUUAAUAGUAAAUAUAAUUUUCAAUCUGGAUUAAA